UGUUGUCGGGAGUUAGAAGUUGCUGUCUAUGGUCACUAGCGAUUGAAGUGUACGAAAGUGUUACAAGUCAACCGCUAUAACCAUUAGGCAAAUACGGUGUUCACAUAGCUCGUUGAGAUGGAGAAUCUUGCGACUACAAUGGACAUCAUGUUUGCAAACUUUCCACUGGAGCUGGAAAGCUUCAGCAGCUUCGACUCGUUUGAGGACGCUCAAGUUGAGCCGUUGAGUGGCGCUGUGAUGCCGGCUGACAGAAAGCCCAGCAGCAGCAGCUGCCGCCCGACAGAGGCGCCUCAACCGCCGUCUCUCCCUAGAGUCGUUUGGGAGGACGACACAACCGAAAAGCACACACAAGGGUGGAAAUUCUUUGCUGGCCUCCGGAGAGCGUGGAAGUCUGUAAAAGAUUCCAUCCAAACCCAGGAAGAAACCCAAGUGUGUGCUUUUGUGCCUGAGGAUCCAUCACAGGAGCUUCCGCACACUUCCAGUGUGGAUCCGACAGGCACAGAUCCGCUGGAGUCUGAGCCAACAGACAAAAAGCACACAAAAGGGUGGAAAUUCUUUGCUGGCCUCCGGAAAGCGUGGAAGGCUAAGAAAGAUUCCAUCCAAACCCAGGAACAAACCCAAGUGUGUGCUUUUGUGCCUGAGGAUCCAUCGCAGGAGCUUCCACACACCUCUAGCGUAGAUCCGACAGGCACAGAUCCGCUGGAGUCUCAGCCAACAGAAAGAUCCUUUGAAUCUCUUUAUGAUGUGGGAAAGAAACUGAAAUCGAGACACGGAGUCAGUUAUCAUGUAGGAUUUCGAAACUCGGAUCACAAACGAGUGAUCAUCAAAUUUAUUAAGAAGAACCAGCCUGAGAAACUGGUGGAAUUGCCUGGGUAUUCCAAACCUUUAAGUAGAGAGGCAGCUGCAAUGUUGAUGGUGCAAAAGCCUCCAACUAGCGAGCAUCUCAUAAAAUUAUAUGAUCACUUUGUCAUGGAAGAUCAAGACAUCUUGAUUAUGGAGUAUCCACGUUCCUACAUCACCCUGUUUGAGUAUGUCCAACGAAACAGAAGUAGCCUGACUGAAACCGCGGUGAGACACAUCAUGCGGGAGCUCAUUCUUGCUCUUCAGCACUGCGUGGGUCGUGGUGUUUAUCAUGAGACGCAUAUGAAAAACAUAUUUGUCUGCACAAAAACCCUGCAAGUAAAGCUGAUGGACUUUGGAGACGCACUGAUUGUCGAAGAAAGACGAGAAGACGAACCUAUAUUAAUCAGUGCAAUCAGAAGGUACGCUGAAUGGGCAACAACUGACGACUUACGCAUACUGCUGGAUGUGCUGGUCCCAAGAAUAAGUCGUUGGUUUUGGAUAAGACCACGCGUGUCCAAAGAAUGCCGGGAUCUUUUUGAGCACCUUCAUGAUGUAGAGUCACGGAUGACGUUACAGGCUAUGUUGGAUCAUGACUGGUUGAAAAGAAAACCAAAGAAUAAGAAAAGUUCCCCUGUGUCGGCAGCUCCUCCACGGGGCUUAUAGCUCAGCUGCAGGGUCAUCAGCCAGGGAUCCCGGCUUUAACCCUGGGACGUCUCCCUUGCACCCCUGCGUGAUGAUCCGGGGACGGUUCACACCUUUAACCCCGGGACAUGGAUAAGACCACGCGUGUCCAAAGAAUGCCUGGAUCUUCUUGAGCGCCUUCAUGACGGAGUCGCGGAUGACAUUACAGGCCAUUUUGGAUCAUGGAUGGUUUAAAAGAAAAAACGAAGCAUAAGAAAAGUUCCCCUGCUUCGGCUAACAUCUCCACCAACCUACUCAGAACAUUAUCGCGCCCCACCGAUAGCAGCCUUGUGUGAGCCCCACCUUGCAGUCAAACAGGAUGUGCUGGAGGCUUAUGUUUGGACUGCGUUCUUCCAGGCCAGACCACCGUGUUUCAGACAAUCAUCGUUGGAAGCCCAGCCAUUUUCCUGAAUUACUGCGGACAGUGGAUUUCACACAGCUUCGACGUCCACACAAUUCAACGCCACGUCUUGUACAUGACUGGAAGAAGGCUUUGGUCAAUCCUUCCCUAGCGGAAAAAAUAAUAUACUUAAGCACAAUUUAUUCUAAUGUACUUUAGUAUAACUAAAUGUGUUUGUGGCACACUGUAAAUUGGUAUACUUAAAGUCUGUUAAAUUGGUUCAACUGAAGUUGUAUUAAAUACACUUGUUUGUAAA